GUUGGGAGUUUAAAGUCCAGGAUGCACCCUAUAGCUCGAACUUGGUCUUGGUGUUGUUCCGGGACUUUCACCUCGGACACUGUGCCUUUGGGACACUAGGCCAAGUUAUCCAAGAGCUUCCCGUCUCACAUCACCAUGGUCAACCUCUCACGAGCUGGGAAUCUCCUGCUCUUGGCCUUAACCUUCUCCCAUCAUGCCGCAGCAGUCUGCACACGCAGCGUCAUAGCCAAACAAGGAGACACUUGUGCCACUCUAGCCGCGCAGGCCGGAAUUACCGUCACACAGUUCCUCAGGUCCAACCCAGCCGUGACGAGCUGCUCACAACUUGUUGCAGGAGCGAGCUACUGCGUUGAAGGCACAAAUGACAGCGCACCGACCCCUUCCUCAACGGGCUCCGCACCCCCUACUUCAACCUCACCUUCGGUCAGCACGGACGGGACCUGCGGUGACGGAGUGACGUGUGCGGGCUCGAGGUUUGGGAAUUGUUGCUCGGCCCACGGCUUCUGUGGCAGCACCGACGACUACUGUGGCGACGGAUGCCAGCCGGGAUUUGGCACUUGUGGCAGUGGAGGGGGCAUAACCUCUCCUCCGGCCUCCACCACUGUCACCGUCACCGUCACCUCCAUCACGGCUAUUACCCGCACGUCGCUGGUCUACCAGACGUCGACCAUCACCAACGUUGUCACCCGGACGCAGACAGCUGCUACUACUACCGUGACCCGGACGACCAUCGAGACGAGCCAAGUUACGGACGUCGUCAGCAGAACGGUGACCGCCACAGUAACAGCAACAACAGCCACCGCCAUCGUCACGCGGACGUCGACAACCACGUCAACCAGUCUGCGGACAUCGAUCGUCACGCGGACAUCGACGACUACGUCGACGUCAAUCGACCGAAUCACUACCAUCAUCACGUCAACUCACGUCAUCACCUCAGCUUGUCCCACCGCGCCCACUAAAACCAUCAUACCAAUUACCACUACUAGUACCGCCACGCGGACACAGCCCGGAGCGCCGUCUCCGACCCUGCCUGGGACGCCUCGCAACUGUAAACGGUACGACAUGAUCCAAGCAGACGACACUUGCCGCAGCAUCGCAAACCGGAACGAUCUCUCUCUCCUAGACUUCUAUGAUCUCAACCCAUCGGUGAGCGACUCCCUCCUCACCCUCUGCACAGGCGACAUUCUCGAGGCGAUACUAAGUGGGCUGUGCCAGAUCUCGUGCGAUGCCCUGUGGGAGGGCUAUUAUGUGUGUAUUGGCAGAUGAUGAGGAUGAUGAUGAUGGUAGGACGACGAUGACAAAGCGGUGGGGUGGGAGGCUAGGUGUUUUAUCAAGCUGGACCAAAGGGGUGCUAGGUAAUGCGAGGAGGAGGUUCGGUGACAGUUAGUAGUAGUGUUUGUAGCCCGUGUGGUAUUAAUGGCAUGGAUUUCAUGAAUCCUACCUAUCCUUUCACUUACAGGUGGAAAUCGCUAUAAUCGGAUGUCGCUA